CUGCUUAUAAGAGCUGGUGUUGACGUCAAAGCAGCCGGCCGGAAGCAUAAAAACCCUCCGGACGGGUCCAGGCGCAGCUCACAGGACUUUCCUCACUCCCACCCGGACUCCUCACGUCCCAGCAGCCCAACGCACAGCUCAGCUGCAGCAUCUGGAGAGAUUUACAGCAUGAAGCCUCUCCCCCUCCUCCUGCUCCUUUCCUGCGUCCUCCUCUCCUCACACCUCCGUCCUGCUGCCGGCAGACCCCCCCCCUUCCCCGGCAGCCUCCGGGGCCAGCAUCCGGACCGGAACCUGGAGCUCCAGGACCGGGGCUUCCCGGGGCUCCUCCGGAGGAGGCUGCUCCCCCCGGAGGAAGAGGAGGAGGAAGAUGAGGAUGAAGAUCAGGAUCUGAGGAUCGCUGACCUGCUGCUGAAGCGUCGCGAGGAGCCGCCGCUCUCCAUCGACCUGACCUUCCACCUGCUGCGGAACAUGAUCCAGAUGGCGCGCACGGAGAGCCAGCGCGAGCGGGCCCAGCUCAACCGCAAGGUGCUGGACGAGGUGGGGAAGUGA